UCCAAAGGAGACGAGAGACCUCCCCAUCAUGUCUCUUCGGACUGUUGAAUGUCUGUCAUUUGUUCAGUGUUUCGAGGAGAAGACGAGCGGACCACAUUAACGUGUUGAAACGCCAUUUAUCGUUGGACAGCGGAGGCAAGUGGACUUUUCAAAUAGGUUUGCAUCUUUGAUAUGAUACCCGACGCUGUGAUACAUGCAUUGGCGUAUAAGGGGCCAUCCAUAUUUCUCGGCAUCUCAUUUUUUUUCUUCCAGAGCAGGAGUGAUAUAGCCUGCUCUGACGUCUGCAUCAGAUAUUACCCAGUGCUUUUUCAAUGUGCAUUUUCCCCUCAGUGACUUUGCGCUGAUCUACAUCAUCAUCAGCAGGAGCAACGGGGGGGGGGAAAAAAGGGAAUGAAGAUUUCUUUUUUCUUUUUUUUAAACCCACCGCUCCCCUUCAGCCGACCAGCGUUUCCAGCUCAAACAAAUAUCUUUUAACAACAUCACGUUGUGGAAUAGUCUGGCGCCAGAGCAUCGCUGGAACCAUGCCUCUUCUGCAGAUUUGGACUGGGAAAUUUCAUCCACCAAUUUGAUCACCAAGAGGCUGCCGCUCAGUCAUUAAUGCCAGUGUUUGUUUUUUUAAGGGGAAGAAUACUUGUCAUUACUUUUAAAAGUAUUGUGUAUGCUGUUUUUUGAGCAAGAUGUCUGAUCUUCUGGUGUUGGUCGAGGGGCUCUGUGACCUGCACGGAUUUCCAUAGCCGGGGAAAACAGCGGGGGCCAAUUACGAGAUUUCUUUUUUUUUUUUUUUUUUUUUGAUCAAGAAGCCUAUUUUAAUGAAGACAUCGCAUGCGUAGAUGUAGGCUAGUUUAUUCGACAUUUUUAAAAGGCAAUUAUUAUUUUUUUUAAUUGCCAGUUUUUACUUUGUGCAUUUUCUGGAGGACCACUGGACUGGUUGGAUUAUAGAAACUAUAUAUAAGGAUUUGUGGAGAUGUUGGGUCGUCAAGAAGAUAAAUUAUGUGGAAUUUUCUCUGCUCUGGCGGCUUUGUCCUUCUUCUGCUUUGUUCAAAGCUCUUCCACUGGAAGCACCGGAAUGUCUGUGGCCAAGACCACCGUGGACAAGUUGCUGAAGGGAUAUGACAUCCGUUUAAGGCCUGAUUUUGGAGGUCCUCCAGUCAUCGUAGGAAUGAGCAUCAACAUAGCGAGCAUCGACUCCAUCUCAGAAGUAAACAUGGACUACACCAUCACUAUGUAUUUCCAGCAGAGCUGGCGAGAUAAGCGUUUGGCCUAUGGUGAGCUGAAGCUAAACUUGACUCUGGACAACCGUGUAGCAGACCAGCUUUGGCUCCCUGACACCUACUUCCUAAAUGACAAGAAGUCCUUUCUUCAUGGUGUGACAGUAAAAAACCGUAUGAUCCGACUGCACCCAGAUGGCACUGUCUUAUACGGGCUGAGAAUAACCACCACUGCAGCUUGCAUGAUGGACUUGAGGAGGUACCCUCUUGAUGAACAGAACUGCACCCUGGAAAUUGAAAGUUAUGGAUAUACCACAGAUGACAUCGUAUUCUUCUGGCAAGGAGGAGACAGCGCCGUGACGGGCGUUGACAAGUUGGAGUUACCUCAGUUUUCCAUUGUAGAACUCCGCUUGGUAUCCAGGGAGGUCAGGUUUACUACAGGUUCAUAUCCAAGGCUUUCGCUGAGUUUCAGGAUUAAGAGGAACAUUGGAUAUUUCAUCCUGCAAACAUACAUGCCCUCCAUCUUGAUCACCAUCCUCUCCUGGGUCUCCUUCUGGAUCAAUUAUGAUGCCUCUGCAGCUCGGGUGGCCCUGGGUGUGACAACGGUGCUUACCAUGACAACAAUUAACACCCACCUUAGGGAGACUCUCCCAAAGAUUCCGUAUGUGAAAGCCAUCGACGUCUACCUCAUGGGCUGUUUUGUGUUUGUGUUCCUGGCCCUGCUCGAAUAUGCCUUUGUAAAUUACGUGUUCUUUGGCCGGGGCCCUGCGCAACAGAAGAAAAUCAAUGAGAGGCUGAACAAAGCCAACAACGAGCGCACAAGAUACGAAGAGAAGCGCCUGAGGGAACAGGACUCCAUUUCCGUGCCGUUUCAAACCAACACCUUCAGGUCAUUUACACAGCGAAGAAAUCUGUAUCUCGAGGAACAAAGAAAAGUUGGGGUGGAUGCUUAUGGAAACAUCCUCCUCACCACACUGGAGAUGAACAACGAAGUGAUGCCUUCAGACCUGGGAAGCAGCGUCAGUGACUCUCGGAAUUCAGUCAUGUCCUUCGACAGCUCCGGGGUCCAAUUCAGGAAGCCCAUGGCGCCCCGAGAUGGCUUCAGCCACCACUCGCUAGAUCGAAGCGCCAUGCGGAGCCGGGCCAACUGUCGGCUACGACGACGCUCCUCCAAGCUCAAGUUGAAGAUCCCAAACCUGUCAGAUGUUAGCACCAUUGACAAAUGGUCCCGGGUCAUUUUCCCUAUCACCUUUGGAUUUUUCAACCUAAUCUACUGGUUGUACUAUGUGAAUUGAUGUGCAUCCAACUAGGAAUCAUGGGCCAUAUUUUGAGAGCACAUUAAAUUGGCUUUGAUACAGUUCCAAAAUAUGUAUACACAUAUACAAGUUGAACAUAUGUAUAUGCAUAUUUAUAUAUAUUAUAUUUAUAUAUACACGUGUGAAAUCUGAGGGACCUUUCUGCUGUACAAAGUAUUAAUAGGAUGACUUGAAUGUUUAAGAAUAAUCGUGAGAGAAGAAUUUCAAGGCUUUGAGUUUCUUUUUCCUCCUGAAAGAAAGAAAAAAAGAAAGAAACAAACACACACGAGAUCCCACCUGGGGUUUUGGAACUAAAGACUGCAUGAUAUUUUUGCUAAAAAAACAAAACAACAACAACAAGAAAAAAGAGAAAGUGAACGCUCUUGAGAGAGAAAAGAUGUCUCAGAGUCCCAUUGACUUUUUAUUGAUACUUAUUGUAAUCAAAAAUCCUCUCCUGCAGCUCAUAAAAUCAGUGGUGGCUCGUCUGUUCAGGCAUCAGCUGAGUGAGAUCCUUGACACCCCCCACCCAACCGACCCCUCCCC